AUGCAGGUGCGUCAGCUGAUGCCGAAUCUCAUCACCUAUAACGCCACCAUUGCAGCCUGCAGCACUGGAAGCUGGGAGCAUGCUUUGAGGAUUCUCAAGAGUAUGGCCUCCUCCGCGCGUGAUGUGGUGAGCUACAACUCCGUGUUGGCUUCAGAGUUGCCUUGGCAGAUGUGCGUGCAGCUGUUGGAGGAGAUGCAGGCUGCCGAGCUGGCUCCAGAUGCCUUGACCUACAACAGUGUGAUGGAGGCAUUGGAUGGAGCGCUGCAGUGGCGUGUGGCCGUGAGAUUGUUAAUGGAGAUGCCCCAUCCGAUGGCCGAUGCAAUCACCUGCCGCUGGGCCACUUCGGUUUGCGAGAAGGCAGCUGCUCAUGCUCAGGCCCGGCUGAACCACGUGCAGGGCAUUGCCUAUGGCUUUAUCGAGGAGCUGCAGUAA